CACGGAAAUGUGAAUUGCGUGCUUUUCAAUGAGUUCCGGACCCUUUCCAGUACUAAUGUGGAUCCAUGCAGUAUGGAAAGGCUCCGGGAACGACUAAGCCGAAGGUCAGCCUCUGAGCCUGUCAAACUAAGGAAAAGAAAAUCUCAUCUGUACAGCAAAGAUUAUACGACCGAUAUAUUUGAGAAUGGAUUCGCUAUCAUUGGUUUCUCGGUUGGAUUUCGGCUUAUAAACUGCUUUCUGGUGCAGAGCAGCUACGUUCCUGAUGAAUACUGGCAGUCCCUUGAAGUUUCCCAUCGCAUGGUUUUCGGGUAUGGGUACCUUACUUGGGAAUGGACUGAGAGGAUCCGGAGUCACUCUUACCCAGUCCUCAUUGCAAUCCUGUACAAGAUGCUACACAUUCUGGGCUACGACACCGUUCAGCUGCUGGUGUGGUCACCUCGCUUGAUACACGCGUUCCUCGCUGCCAUGGCUGACGUCAAACUUUAUGCUUUUGUCCGAAGACUGGAGCAUCGUGAUGUCGCCAGAUGGACGUACUUCUGCCAGCUUUCCUCGUGGUUCACGUGGUACUGCUGCACAAGGACUCUGACAAACACCAUGGAAACCAUCCUCACCACUCUGGCCCUCUGUUAUUAUCCAGUGCCUGGCUCAAAGUCACACAGCAGUUCAAAGUACUUAAGUUUGGUUGCACUGGCAAUCCUUGUUCGUCCGACAGCUCUUAUUGUGUGGAUGCCUCUGUUGGGAUUCCAUUUCCUCCAGGAAGAUGACAAACUGAAGCUUAUAAUGAACCAUGCACUUCCUAUAGGGGCUUUUACACUGGGGUUGUCAACAGUUUUAGACUGCAUACUCUAUGGCAAGUGGACUCUGGUCCAGCUGAACUUCCUCAGGUUUAACAUCUGGCAUAAUGUGGCCGAGUUUUACGGCUCUCACCCGUGGCACUGGUACUUCACACAAGGCUGCCCCGUCGUUCUUGGCCCUCAUCUCCUCUUCUUCAUCCACGGUUGCACACUGACACCUAAAAGAUACAGGAUCCUCCUGGCAGCGGUGAUUUGGACAGUUUUAAUUUAUAGUUUGCUGCCACACAAGGAGUUUCGCUUCGUUUACCCCGUGCUGCCCUUGUGCAUGCUGUUUUGUGGCUUUUCCCUGGCCAGGCUGAGGUCCUGGAGGAGACCAGCAGCAGGUGCCUUGGUGCUUAUGAACCUGCUCCCUGCUCUGUACACGGGACUAGUCCAUCAGCGUGGGGUCCUGGACGUCAUGGGCCACCUCCAGCAGCUGUGUCACACUGCCAGUCCUCAGCCAGAUGUCCUUUUUCUCAUGCCCUGUCACUCAACACCUUUCUACAGCCACAUCCACUGCCCUAUCAAAAUGCGGUUCUUGGAGUGUCCGCCGGACCUCAGUGGAAACAAGAGUUACGUGGAUGAGGCGGACGACUUCUUUGCCAACCCAAAGCAUUGGCUGGAAGUCACUUUUACCCAGCAGGCAUUGCUUCCCUCCCACCUCGUGCUGUUUGAUGUACUGGAGAAGGAAAUCCUUACAUUUUUGGAAGUAAAUAAAUAUGUACGACAGAAGGAAGUGUUCCACACCCAUAUUCCUGACGGUCGGGUCGGAGAACACAUCUUUAUUUAUGAAAGGACUUUGAACGAUGCUUCUGAUUAAUUAUGUAAAUCAGCUUGGCAUUCACUUCGAGAAUAAAACCAAGGCUUGCUGUGCGAGCUGCGUAACUGG